AAAUUGGAAGGUAUAUAGGCUAUCCUGAGUUUAAAAUUGUGGGCUGCUGAAUGGCAGAAUAAUAUGAAUAUAGUUUUAGAAAAGCUUAAAUUCUUAGCAGAGCAAACAUAGAUCUGAUUAUCUGAAGUAGGUAUUUAGAAUAAAUGCGCAGAAUAAUAUUUUAUACUUAAAUUCUUAGUGCAACUAAUUGAGAUACGAGAAGCCCUGUCGGCUCCGGUAGAUCUACCCUGUAUCCAUUCCAAGAUCAGGACUUUCUGCUUCACCGGGCUCAACGAGUAUGGCGCUUACCACAGCGCGUGAUCACCUAUAGGAGACCGCGUGCUUGGCGCUGCUAAGAGAUGAGAUAAGGAGCUCCAAGGAGGAAUUUUUUGUCUUUCCACUUCACGUAAAGUACAAAGUUAUUGGCUGCAGUUCUUCUGUCGUUAGAUCUCAACGGUAGUAUUAAUCGCCGAAGUGAGGUUGUCGAUUCAACCGCUGGUAAGGGAUGAUAUUGCUGCAAUCUGCGUCGAGAUUUCUCCUCCAGAUCUUGCAGAAUCGUCUCAUCAGUUCCGAGAAAAGUGUUGAUCUCGACUGCCAUUCAGUUGAAUUUGAUGAUGUUCGUUAUCAUAUUCAGUUCUCUGUGAAGUCCCCUCAGGUGAUGUUAUUGUCAAUUUCACUACCCAUUCCACCACCAGAGACCGUUUUCGUGAAUGGCCUUCCAUUGGGUUCCAUAGAAGCAGUAAAGGGAGCAUAUGGAGAGCUUGUUCAGAUUCUGGAUCCUCCAAAAGAUGGAUAUAAUCUUACCAUGAAGCUUAACUUUACUAAGCUUCCUCAAGAUGAAGAGCAAAGAAAGGCUAUUUUGGUAAAAGUUGCUUCUGUGAGAGAAGUUGUAUUGGGGGCCCCACUAAGAAUGGUCUUACAUCAUCUUGCUUCGAGGACUACUUUCCCUAAUAUGGGUCAACUUAUUGCUCUAGUGCAUAGACCUAAGGAAUCUUUUUUCCUUAUUCCUCAGGUUGAAAAGGUCACUGUUAUCUUUCCAAUGAGAUUUAGGGAUUCUGUUGAUAUUGUUCUGGCUACUUCCUUCUUACAGGAAUUUGUGGAGUCAAGGAGAGCCGCUGCCCUUAGUAAUGCACCUCUCUGUACAUGGUCUCCAACUCCUCCUCAAGAGCUCAAAGGAGCUCCCCCAGAUGCAGUAGCAGCAAAUGCAGGAUUUGUCACCUUUGUGAUCUACCCUCGGCAUGCUGACGUUCGGAAACUUGACAAAACAGCUUGGAGUUUAUCAACAUUUCAUGCAUAUGUCAAUUACCAUGUCAAAUGCUCGGAAGGUUUCAUGCACACCAGGAUGCGUCGUCGUGUAGAGACGCUCAUUCAGGCGUUGGAUCGCGCAAAACCAGAGAUGGAAAGAACAAAGAAGCUGGCCCAAGGAAAUUCCUUCAAACGAUUGAGCCUUAAGGAUGGACGUGGAAACUCUAUUCCUUGAAUGCAUCGAAGCUAUACGGUUAGUUGAUCAAAUCUCAUUAUAUGGAACUUUGAAGUUCUUCCUAUUUAUUACCCUUUUAGUUCACGGGGCUCCGCCCAGCAAAGCUGGAAGCUUUACUGAUCCUUAACUGUCAUCCUUUCUCAUUAACUGUAAAUUAAAAUUAGAAUUUUUAUGUUGAUUAUUGUUUUUGUUACUUUAGUAUCUCAGGCUAACUAACGUAGUCUGAACUCUGAAGACUAAUUGUCAGGCUAUGUUGUCUUAGAUUUGAUUAUUAAAAACAAAAUUUUACCAUAAUCUGGACAUUUAGUUGGGACUAAUUGUUUGCCUGGAUGUAGCUUGUUAUAAUAUCUUGAUUGAGUGAUAGGCAA